CUGUGUUGAGAAGGACGAUAAACCUGUCAUAGACUCAUGAAAACCAGCUUUGAUCUUAAAUGAAGUCUAUGAUUCAUCCUAGAGGUUCUGAAUGAACCUCCGGUUUAGAACCUAAAAAUGAUUAUUAAUUUUUUCAUCCUUUUGCUUUACCUUUCAAAAUGCAGAGCAGGUAAUACAGAUGUCGUGGCUCAGAAUCAUCUGAAGAUCGUUCAAGCCGGAGACACUGUUAACCUCACCUGUAUUUCUCCAAAAGAAUCAAGAAACAGCAUUGUUUGGGUCAAACAAAUACUUGGACAGAAACCCAUUUCAAUCGUUUCAUCGUAUCAAGCUUUACCUGUCGAGUUUGAUAAAGGAUUUGACAAACAUAAUCGCUUUUUUUCAGCAAAAGAUGAUACCUUUUUUAAUCUGACCAUCACAAAUACAAAGGAAUCAGACACUGCAACAUACUACUGUAUUACAUUUUUAUAUAACUUCAAAUUUGGCCACGUCACUGAUCUCAUUGUUAAAGGAAGAGGACUGAACACGCCGUCUGAACAUGAGAGAGCUGUGACAGAUCCAGAUGAUCCAGAAGACUCAGUGUCUCUUCAGUGCACUGUCCUCACUGAGAGCUGUGCAGGAGAACACAACGUCUACUGGUUCAGACGUAAAUCUGGACAAUCUCCUCCGGGAGUUAUAUUCACUCAGGAGCACAGGAACGCUGGAUGUGAGAGGACCUCUGAUAUCAACUCUGCUGAACACAAAUGUAUCUACAGCCUGCCCAAGACAAACCUCGGUCUCUCUGAUGCUGGGAUUUACUACUGCGCUGUGGCCGCAUGUGGACAGAUUGUGUUCGGAGAUGCGAGAAAACCGGACAUUCCAGGGCUUUUUCAGGAACCUUGGAGUAUAAUUGCCCUGAUUUUAGGAACUUUAAACUGUUUAUCAGUAAUUGUGAUCAUAUUUCUGGGCACACAGCUGUACAUCCAGCGACAAAAAGAUGGGACACGGAAUAUUCAGAUUGGACAUUUAGUGGAGGAAGACAGAGAUGCUUUGAAUUAUGCUGCUUUGAGCUUUCAGCAAACGUCCAGCACUUCUAGAAGACCAAGAGAAAAACUUACAAGAUAAUAAAAAAUGACAAGUUUAUACAUUUUACUAAAAAUAAAAUUCUUUGUUUACAAAAAAUGCUUUGAUAAAGAUUGCUAAAGUGAUAUUAGAGUAAAAUAUAGCAGUAGAUUCUACAUUAAGUGUUUUAAUUGAUGUUUGUAAUUUAUUUUGAAAUUUACUACAUAUUUCGGAGAUAAUUGUUUCUAGAAAAAAAGAUUAUAAUGUUAAAUUAUUUUAGCGAAUAAACAGUAAUUUUAGGCGA